AUGCACAUCUAUUCUUUAGGAAUGACCCUGUACUGGUCAGCAGGGUUUCAUGUUCCACAAAAUCAGCCCCUGCAGCUCCAGGAGCCCUUGCACUCUCUCCUGCUGACCAUGUGUGAAGAGCAGCCUGGCAGGCGACUGCCACUGCAGGUGGUUCUGGAAGCCUGCUGGGUUCAUCAGGAAGAAAGGGUUGUAUACCCUGCCUCGGACAGUGUCCAUAUCAGAUGGCUGGUUGGCUUGCUUCUGGGUACCCUAUCCAAGGUGGAAAGGAUAGUUGUGAAAGAAAGCUCCUCUGCAGAGCAGUACAGGAGCUACCUGCUCAGGAGUAGGUUGCACCAGAUGAGCUGUGAACCAACAGCAUGGACUCUGGAGGGUCUGCAUCCCUCCAGUGUUUCAGAGAGAAGCACAGAGAUCCAGAGUUCUCUGAAGCCCAGUCCAAGCACCUCAACACAUAGUCACUGUAACCUCUCUGUUAACAGUGCUCUUCCAGCUGAAGCUUUCCAGGACCUUCAGGAGGGCAGGUGGCCCUGCUCCAGAUCCCCUAUCUCUGUGGCAGUGCAUAGCUCAUGGCCAGAAACUCCUUCUCAAAAGUGUUUCCUGCAAAGAAAGGGAAAGUUCUCCAGGCUGGAGUUUACCCUGCUGGCUGGAGAAGCCCCGGUGAAUUUGCAUCUGCCUGGAUCAAUUGUUACCCAAAAAGGGAAAUCCUGUUUGACUCUUAGGGACCUCUAUGUGGUGCUGCUGAGUGGGCAGUGUCUGGAGGUGAAAUGUGACAUCACGUCCACAGUGGGGGCCAUCUACGAUGCUGUCAUAUCCUUUGCCAAUUUUGGGGAGCUGAUCCACUUUGGCUUGGCUUACAUGAAAGACAAAGAGUUCUUUUUCCUGGCCAAUGAAAUCAGUUUGUGCAAAAUAGCCCCUAAGGGGUGGAGUAAGCAACCACAGAAGACCUUCUGGAGUGCCUUCAUACUCUUCCUGAGGAUCAAGUUCUUUGUCAGUCACAAUGGGCUGCUCCAGCAGAGCUGGACAAGACAUCAAUUUCCCCUGUAGCUUCAGAAAGACAUCCUGGAGGAGAAGCUGUACUGGAAUGAUGAGAUACUGCUGCAGCUGGGUGUCCUAGCUCUGCAGGUUAAGUUUGGAAGUUACUCUGAGGAGCAGGUGGAAACCAAAGCCUAUUUCCACAUUGAAGAUUACAUCUUAGCAAGUCUGAUUGAGAAGAUGACUGCUCUCAAGGUCCAGGCCCAAGUCUCAGAGAUGCACCGCCUCAGUCCUGUGCUCUGGGGAGAGGAGGCUGAGCUGGAGUUCUUGAAGGUCACUCAGCAGCUCCUGGAAUACGGUGUCUUGGUCCACCAAGUUCUUCCAGAGAAGACAAGGCUUGGAGGGGAAGUGGCCUUGGGGAUCUGUGCCAAGGGUCUCAUAAUAUAUGAAGUGAAAAACAAUAGCAGGAUUGCAACUUUACAAUUUCAGUGGAGAGAAGUUGGAAAGAUUUCAAUUUAUCAAAAGAAGUUCACCAUCACAAAUAGCAUCACUGGAAAAAAGCACACAUUUGUCACUGAUUCUACCAAGACCUGUAAAUGUUUACUGAGCCUGUGCUCUGCCCAAUAUGGCUGUAAUGCUCAAAUGAAUGCUCCCUGAGUUGCAACUGUUAUAUUUGACUAUGGUAAGUGUGUGCAAAUGGCCAAUUUGGGUCUUGCACAUCUGGCCCAGUCCAAGCCUCUCACUUGGAUUCAGAGAAUGUCAUGCUCAGAAAGUGCACUGUUCAUGCCCAGGCUGGAAGACCCUGCAGGAGGACUGCUGUGCACAUCCCUGGAAAAUGUCACUAUGGACACCUGCAGGGAGACAGGAGCACUAGAAAUCGAAAGCAGGUGCACUGGCUGGGAGCAACAAAAGAGCAUCUGUUUGAUCCAGAAGCCAGUGACUUUUGACCCUCUUCCUGGGCUGCCUACCCAGAGUGUGUGCACAGGGUCACAAAAUAAGAGAAUGAGUUUCACAGCUGAAAUGGAUCAAGAAAUCAUGCAUGUGACACUGAACUGAGAUCCAUGUCAUGGUUUUGGUUUUGUCAUUAAGGAGGGAGAAGAUGUAGGCAAAGUUGACCCUGGCAUCUUUAUAUCCUCAAUUAUACCUGGAGGACCAGCUGAAAAGGCUAAAAAGAUCAAAUCAGAAGGGCAGAUACUAGCCUUGAAUCACAUCACUCUGGAGGGCUUCACAUUUGACAUGGCUGUUAGAAUGAUUCAGAAUGAUUCUCCUUACUACAUAGAAUUAAUCAUUUCUCAGUCAAAAGGUGGGAUACUUGAGGAACAGAGAGGAAAAGAACAUGCCCGUGGUCUAUCAGGGAGUCAGUGGCAGAGCUUAGAUUCAAAUCUGGGGAGGAGACUGCAGAGCAGAAACCUUCACCCUGGACUGCACUUUGGAAGACACCCUUCUCAGGGUGCUGGUUCUUCUUGUUCUCCAUCACUUUCAGAAACCAAUGCCAGUGGAAUUUGCUUUGUGGAACUGGUUAAAGAAGAUGGACCACUUGGAUUCAGCAUAACUGGUGGCAUUAACACAGGUGUGCCCUAUGAAGGGAUAUACAUGAAAUCCAUCAUUCCUAGAGGACCAGCUGCCAAGGAAGGGCAGAUCCUGCAGGGAGACAGGCUCCUGCAGGUUGAUGGAAUGAGUCUGGGUGGCCUCACCCACAAGCAGGCUGUGCUGUGCCUUAAGGGCUCCAGGCAGGUUGCAAGACUGGUGUUAGAGGGAAGAGGCUUGAGGACUGCACAGCAGUGUCCUUCUGUUAAUAAUGGGAUAGGAAUUGAAUGCACGGCUGUUUCCUUGGCAACAGCCUUGCCUGGGCAAGCCUGCAAGCUGUCCAUAGUGAGUGAUGGUCCACAAUUUGAAGUCAAACUGAAAAAGAAUGCCAGUGGUUUGGGAUUCAGUUUUGUGCAGAUGGAGAGAGAGAGUUGCAGCCACCUCAAAAAUGAUCUUUUGAGGAUUAAGUAGCUCUUCCCAGGACAGCCAGCUGAGGAGAAGGGGGUCAUUGCAGCUGGUGACAUUAUUCUGGCUGUGAAUGGAAAGCCCACAGAAGGCCUUGUCUGCCAGGAGGUGCUCCAUUUACUGAGGCAUGCUCCUACCUUGCCACAGGAAGUCAUGCUCCUACCUUGCCUACCCCCUUCAGGUGUCUUGCCUGAGACAGAACAGGGAUGGCAGACACCUGUUUCAGAUCAAGAAUUUGCCAAGGCAACAUGCACUUCUGCGAGGGGGAGGUCCCCACUCUCGCAAAGGCACAGCCCCAGCCUAGAUCAAGAGAACAGCUGGAGGGACAGCGCCUCCCCAGAAGUAGGGGAAGGCCUGGGUUUCAGGCCAGAGUCUUGGCAACAGGCCACCAGAGAGGCACAAUGGGACCAAGACAUAAAGAGACCCUGGGCUACUUCCUUGAUGUGUCCUGGGGAUUCCAACCCUCAUUUAUGCAGACAGCAACAGGAAGUAGAGGCUGAGGCAUUGCCUACCUCUUUGGAAAAGGAUAUGAGGCAAAACUGCUAUUCAGUCUGUGACAUUAGAAGACUGGAUAUCCAAAGUGCACAGAGACCUAUUAAAAGCAGAGAGAGGGGCACAAAUACUGAGAAAGGUCCUGAAUUGGACCAGGGUGAUGAGGAAGGUGACAUGCGCCAUCUGCCUGAAGUUCCUUCUUCUACUGUGGAUGAUGAAGUGUAUCUUCCUAACAAAUGUGUAUCAGAAGACCAGCUACCUUGUGUGAAAUGUUUGGAAGCAGAGUCAGGGACCAUUCCCUUGCCACAGUUCUAUUCUUGGAGUGCUCCCUCAGGGCAUUUGCCUCUGGAAGAGUCUCAGGAUUAUGAAAGUGAAUGGGAAGACCUAUAG